AUGGAUACCCGGGGGCUGCCAGCUGCCCGGGUUUCGCGUGGAGGCUCGCACAGCGGCCCCGGCCCUACCCCUGGCUGGUUUCGUCGGCUCAGCCCGGGUCCCUCACGCCGCCGGCUGCUGUUGCUGUGCGGCCCGGAAGAUGGCGGGUGUGGGCUGCGGCGCGAGCAGGCCCCGGCGGGCCCGGAGUUGAACCCGCCGGCACCGGAGGAGUCCGCCGGCGAUGGCUCCUUCGUGGUGCUGCUGGAGGUGGCGCGCGGUGCCCCCGAGGCUCCUGAGAAGGCGCGGGGCGGGCGCAGCGUGGGUCCUGCAGGCCGCUCCGGGCAGGGCCCCAGCGGCCUGGCCACCACCCCCAGCCCAGCCUCGGCCUUGGCGGGCGCUGUUUCCGUCGCAGGUCAGGACCUGCUGGUGCGCCUUGACAACGGCGUCUUCACGCUGGCCUCGCCACCACCGCCUCCCGGGAGCCCGCCUACUCCGCCCGGCGCCCCUAUCGGGGCAUCGAGUCUGGACACCUUGAAUGCAGCCGAGGGCCGCCGCGGGAGAUCGGGCGCGCCAGGCUACAGCUGCCCGGAGCCGCAGUGCUCCCAAGCCUUUGCCAGGAAGCACCAGCUCAAGGUGCACCUGCUGACGCACGGGGGCAGCCAGGGCCGGCGACCCUUCAAGUGCCCGCUGGACGGCUGCGGCUGGGCCUUCACCACCUCCUACAAGCUCAAGCGGCACCUGCAGUCACACGACAAGCUGCGGCCCUUCAGCUGUCCGGUGGACGCCUGCGGCAAGAAGUUCACCACCAUCUACAACCUCAAGGCGCACAUGAAGGGGCACGAACAGGAGAACUUGUUCAAGUGCGAGGUGUGCGCCGAGCGCUUCCCCACGCACGCCAAGCUCAGUUCCCAUCAGCGCAGCCAUUUCGAGCCGGAGAGACCCUACAAGUGUGAUUUUCCCGGCUGUGAGAAGACAUUUAUCACAGUGAGUGCCCUCUUCUCCCAUAAUCGAGCCCAUUUCAGGGAGCAAGAACUCUUCUCUUGUUCCUUUCCGGGAUGCAGCAAACAAUACGACAAAGCCUGUAGGCUGAAAAUUCACCUAAGAAGUCAUACAGGUGAAAGACCUUUUGUUUGUGACUCUGAUAGUUGUGGUUGGACCUUCACCAGCAUGUCUAAACUCCUAAGGCACAAAAGGAAACAUGAUGAUGACCGGAGGUUUAUCUGUUCUGUGGAAGGCUGUGGCAAAUCAUUCACAAGAGCAGAGCAUUUGAAAGGCCACACCAUAACCCACCUAGGCACAAAGCCAUUCGAGUGUCCUGUGGAAGGGUGCUGUGCUCGGUUCUCUGCUCGCAGUAGUCUGUACAUUCACUCUAAGAAGCACCUCCAGGAUGUGGACACUUCGAAAAGCCGCUGCCCGGUCUCCAGUUGUAAUCGACAAUUUACAUCCAAACACAGCAUGAAGACUCACGUGGUCAAACAGCACAACCUGCGCCAAGAUCUCUUAGCUCAACUAGAAGCGGCAAGUUCUCUUAUGCCCAGCAAUGAACUUACCAGCCCAGGACAAAGUGAGCUCAAUAAUAUAGACCUGGUGUCUCUCUUCUCUAAUGCAUCUGGUGAUAGUAAUAGUUCAGCAGUUGCAUCAGACAUGGCAUUGGUGAACUCUGGCAUCCUAACAAUUGAUGUUUCUUCUGUGAGCUCAUCUCUGGGAGGGGACCUGCCUGUUAACAAUUCCUUGGGGCAGAUGGACCCAUUGGUCCUGGUGGCCAACAGUGACAUUCAUCCCAGUCUGGACAGCCCUCUCAUGCUUGCAUCAACAGGCACAGUUCUUCAGCAGAGCAACUUAAAUCCAGAUGAUGUGCAAACUGUAAGCACAGAAUCAUUAGGUUGUCUGGUGUCUCUGCCUAUGAAGAAUUUGAGUCAAGACCCACAGGCUUUGACCUCUAGCCACCAUUCAGGAUUGAACGUAGCCAUACCAACCCCUUCAAAUAGCCCCAAUGGAAACCACGAAGCCCCAGAACUUCUGGUUCCAAUCAAAGUGGAGCAGAACUGGCCUCCUGGCCCAGAUGUUGAACUGCAGGAAAGAGGCAAAGUGGCGACCCAGUCUGUGCUCUCCAACCCAGCGGAGAACUGCUGUGCUCAGAAAGACACGGACUUCAGUGACGUGCCCGGCAACUUGUAUCUGGAAAGUGGGGGCUCAGCAAGAACUGAUUACCGAGCCAUUCAACUAGCCAAGGAAAAAAAGCAGAAAGGAACUGGGAACAAUGCAGGAUCCUCGGAGCCUUCUCAAAGGAAAGUAAAAGGUGGCAAACUCAGUCCUCCUCACUUCUACCCAAGCCUGUGUGGGGAUAUGGUGCCAAGCGGAGGUCUGUUGGGACCAGAACCAGCAGCUGGGGUACGGUGUGUUCAGGUCCAGCUACUGCAGGACGACCCCUCAGGUGAUGGAGUCUUGCCACUGGCACUCAACUUGCAGCCCCCUCUGCUCCGCCCUCUGUUCACUGUGGACUUGCCUGUCUACGUCCUCCAGGAGGUGUUCCCAGCCCCAGAGGAUGCAGCUGUUCCUGAGACCGUACCAUUUUCCAGAAGCACCAUCAACCUCCAAGACUUGCAGUGA